UCCCGCUCCGUCUCCCCCACAGUUUUCAGUUGACCAAAGAAAUGGUGAUGGAGAAGCCAAGUCCCCUGCUGGUUGGGCGCGAGUUUGUGCGCCAAUACUAUACCCUGCUGAAUCAAGCACCAGAUUACUUGCACAGAUUUUAUGGAAAGAAUUCCUCUUACGUCCAUGGCGGCUUGGAUUCAAACGGGAAGCCAGCAGAUGCAGUCCACGGGCAGUCUGAUAUCCACAAGAAAGUGUUGUCGUUGAACUUUAAAGAUUGCCACACAAAGAUCCGUCAUGUGGAUGCUCACGCAACUCUUAACGAUGGUGUUGUAGUACAGGUCAUGGGCGAGCUCUCUAAUAACACUCAGCCGUUGCGAAGAUUCAUGCAGACUUUCGUCCUUGCUCCUGAGGGAUCUGUUGCAAACAAGUUUUAUGUCCAUAAUGACAUUUUCCGCUAUCAGGAUGAAGUGUUUGGUGACUUAGAUACUGAACCCGCUGAGGAAUCUGAAGAAGAGACAGAAGAACCUGAGGAAAGGCAGCAAACCCCUGAGGCAGUUGCUGAUGAUUCUGCAGCCUACUAUGAGCAGGCUGUAAGCAAUGACUUGGAGGAGCAGUUAGAGGAGCCAGCUGCCGAGACAGAACAAGAGGUUGAGCCUGAGCCUGAACAGGAGCUUGAACCCGAGACCCAGGAAGAAAAACCCGAGCCAGUGUUGGAGGAAACGACUCCUGAGGAAACAGUAGAGAAGAGUCCUUCUCCUGUUCCUGCAGAUCCGGCUCCUGUGGUGCAAGAGGACUCCAGGACAUCUUCAUGGGCAUCGGUAACCAGUAAGAAUCUUCCACCUAGUGGAGCUGUUCCAGUAUCAGGCAUACCUCCUCAUGUUGUCAAAUUACCUGCUUCACAGCCCCGUCCUGAGUCUAAGCCUGAAUCCCAGACUCCACCACAGAGACCUCAGCGGGACCAGAGGGUGCGGGAGCAACGGACAAACAUACCCCCACAAAGAGGUCCUAGACCAAUGCGGGAAGGUGAGCAGAGUGAUAUGGAAACUAGGCGGAUUGUGAGGUACCCAGACAGUCACCAGCUGUUUGUUGGAAAUCUUCCUCAUGAUGUGGAUAAGGCAGAACUAAAGGAUUUCUUCCAAAAACUUGGAAAUUCUCUUGCAGGUUAUGGGAAUGUGGUGGAACUACGUAUCAACAGUGGAGGGAAGCUCCCUAACUUUGGAUUUGUGGUGUUUGAUGAUCCAGAACCAGUUCAGAAGAUCCUGGCCAAUAGGCCGAUCAUGUUCAGAGGUGAAGUGCGUUUGAAUGUGGAAGAGAAAAAAACACGAGCAGCCAGGGAGGGUGAUCGCCGAGACAACAGACCCCGUGGGCCUGGUGGCCCCCGUGGGGGGCUGGGAGGUGGGAUUCGAGGGCCUCCACGUGGAGGGAUGUCUCAGAAACCAGGAUUUGGCACUGGAAGGGGCAUCGGGCAACGGCAAUGAUUGAUGUGAUGAGACAAACCCUUCUUCCUGCAGAUUUGUGAAUUUCAGCCUUGGGUAUCUUGGAAUGUGGCCCUAGCCUGUUAUAGACUGCUACGUUUGAUACUAUUUUGGCCCAUUUUGUUUGUGUUUGGUUUCGUGAUUUUUUUUCUAGUCCUUGUCCCAGAUUCCAGCUUUGUGGAACAAUAUUUCAGGAAAAAGUGGAUUUUAAAAAGAACUGAACUGAAUCCUUGCUUGCUGCAGACAUAUGGACUGGAUUUUUUUUUUGGUACCAGUGGUUUUUCCUAAUGGAAUGUGUGGCUUUUUUUUUUUUUUUUU